GCUUGAUUUUAAAUUUUUUUGAAAAAAUUUUGUAAAUUUUAAUUUAUUCUGAAAUAAGUAUAAACAAUUGUAAAGAGAAAAAGAAAAUAAAAUUAAAAUAAACCAAUACAUAAUUAAUUAAGAUGAAUUCAUUGAAUAUUCCAACUGAUUUCGGACCAGAUUCUGGUGGACGCGUAAAGGGUUUAACAAUUGUAAAACCAAUUGUUUAUGGAAAUAUUGCAAGAUCUUUUGGUAAAAAACGAGAGGAAGAUGGUCAUACACAUCAAUGGAAUGUUUAUGUUAAACCAUAUCGUAAUGAAGAUAUGGCAGCUUAUGUUAAAAAAGUUCAUUUUAAAUUACAUGAAAGUUAUGCAAAUCCAAAUAGGAUAGUAACAAAACCACCAUUUGAGGUAACCGAAACUGGUUGGGGUGAAUUUGAAGUUGUUAUAAAAAUUUAUUUUCAUGAUCCAACAGAAAGACCAGUAACAUUGUAUCAUAUAUUAAAAUUAUUUCAAUCACCAAUUGUAUACAGUGAAAUUAAUUCAUCAAUAUCUGAUAAUAAAAAGGGAUUAGUUUCUGAGCAAUAUGAAGAGAUAGUUUUUCAAGAACCAACACAAUUAAUGCAACAUUAUUUAACUAAAGUUGAACCGGUGACAACAGGAACCUAUAAACAUGAUACUGAUUUUGAAACGAAAAAAGUAAAAACUUUAGAAAAUAUAGUUGAAGUAAAAGGGAAAGUGAAAAAUGAAAUAGCAAUUCUUAAGGAUAAAUUAAAAAUAGCUAGGGAAGCAAUUACAAAAUUUAAAGCAGAACUUGCGAAAGUUCAAAAAAAUCCUAUUACAUAAGUGCUAAAACAAAUUUUUUUUAAAAUCAUAUUAAUAUGAAAGCUCAAACUUUCUUUUUAUACUUACCAAAUUUUUUAUUUUAAAUGAAAUAAAAAUGCAAUUACUUAUUUGAAUAAUAUAAGUUUUAUCUUCAAUUAUUUAUUUUAUAUCCUCUAAGAAGCACGGUAGUAAACAGUGUUUAGUAUGUAUUUUAAUGCUUAUAAAUACGAUUCUCAAAAUUAGUACAUAACCGGUUCUUAAAAGCUUUGAUUUUAUUUA